UUCGCCAUGCGGCUGAUGUCCCACAAGUUAGGUGUCAUGAGACCACACAUACCCCCGCCAGGAUCGGUAGGUGGCACAAGUGCGUCCAUCCGAGCCGUGUCAAAACCCACAAAAGUGGAAAAUCGAGAGAACCCGAUUCGGUAUAGUGGGAGUUGUCGUCUGGAGUUUGUGAAGAAAAUUUGCUAAAUAAUUCAAAGUAUUUGCCUCGCAGUCGGGUAAAGUUUGAUUGCAUUGAGUUCGUCGACAGCUCCGGAAGCGAAAGCUUCGCCAAGUGUGUGAAUUAACGUGCCCCAGGACUGGAUGUUAAUCGUAAUUCAAUAUUAGCCUUGAAAGGAGAAGCAACAACUUUGCAGGAUUGAAUUAGUCUGGGGCUUCCCAACGCCGCCACAGUGCAAACGCGAUGAUGUUUCUGACAAAGAAGGAGUGGAAAAACCUUGCCCGAAAGCUGCGCUUUUCCCCCCGAAGGCGUUACUACGUGAUUACGGCAAUUGCCCUGGCGGUGCUCUUUGUCCUCGUUUACUGCAGCAUCACAUCGUCCUAUUACUGCUUCGACACCGGAGUCGAAUGGAAGGUGACCAAAUUUUGCCAGCGCCAGGGCCUUUCCGGGAGCAUGUGCCCCGAAUUCUGCAGCCGCAGUGGUGUAUUCUGGGACCUCCGCUGUCCCCAUCCCAGCCUUGAGAUUCAUCAUCCGAAUCGGUUCCAGGUCAAACGACAGGACACUCCCCUGACUGUGAUUCAAGCAGUGCCCAACGAAAACUAUGAAAAACUGUUCUGGGUAGACAGUUACUAUCACAAGGAACAUUAUCCCUCGGAGAUCGAGUACGAGAACAUUGUCAAGAGGUACAUAUCGAAUAAGUACAACCUGGAGGUGCCCUACGAGAAGAUUCGCACGCUGAUGCGGCUGACCCACAAAGAGAACAUACCGAUGUUUCACCACAGUAUGAGGGACAGCUGGAAUCUGAUUCAGAACCACGAGUUCGUGAUGGCGGUUAUGUUCAAUGAGAAUGAUCUGUUUCCUUACGUGGAGGGGAACUGCGCAGAGAUGUUUGCUUCGGAGAAGCUAAAUGCGGUGGAGUUCGAUGAGAAUCGGUCAUAUUUUGGGAGUCACAUUACACUGGACCGCUGGCGGUACCAUAUCAAGAUGGCUGUGCUGAUUCUGGAUUAUAUGGAUGAGUUGGAUCAACACGGGAUUCAAAUGUGCCACGUGGAUUUGUCCCGUUUUGGGAUCAAUAACAACCGUUUGAAGUACGACGAUCUGAGGUUCGUUUUUACGGAUUAUACAAUCAAUAGGAAAAUUUCAAGUGGAAGCUAUUGUGCGCGUGAUGAGCACUGUAAUUUUAUGCAUUGCAAGUCGGAGUGCAACGUGGAGAAAAAUCGGUGCGAGUCGACGGUGAUGAACAAUAACGUCCAAAUUGUGUGUGAUAAGAUCUUCCUUGGAUCUAAACGCUACCCGGGAAUCCUGAUUACACAAAAGACACCGGAUAGGUUGCACAUGCUGCUGGAGCGUUGCGCUAAUCCUACCCAAGAUCGAGACGUGUCUCGUUCUCGGCCGCUGGGAACUUCCGAAGAGCUCAGAAAACAGCUGUACAACGAAUUGACUAGCAUUUACGAGAAGCUGGCAUUAAUCAAUGCCUCGUAAAAUGGCUGUAUGUGGCUUUGGACGUCGUCUGUCGAUCGGUGUUUGUAUGAGCGAUGUAAGUAAGGUUCACUUUUUCGAACCACGGACAGCUUUUAUGGUGUUUGUUGUAGGUGUGCAGAAGCAAAGAGAUGGCGAUGAUCAACGUAAAAGAAACUUUACGAAGGUUUCAAACCUGAAUCCGGUAUUAUUUUUGUAGGCGCAUUGUAGUUCUAAUAUGUGAACGCUUGUAAUGUAAGAUACGACUAAAUGCAAACCAAAUUUGCCAACGACACAAUCACUUGAAAUUUCGAAAGUUCAACAACUUAUUUGGUAGUGAUAAAGUUUUUUUUAGUAAAAUACUCAUCAAGACCAAACGGAAACUAUAGACAUGGAGCAUAGCACUUAGUGAUUGUACGUACAUUUUUACUAUUAACAAUAAAAUGGAAUUGAAGUGCAAAAAUCGA